AUGGGCAUAAACAUAUUGUGUAUAAUAUUAAAAUGUCUCGAAAUCAAUGUAAGCGUCAUCUGGGACUAUUUUGAAAAAAUUAAUGACGUCGAUAAAAAGGCAAAAUGUCGAGUAUGUGGUGACCUGUACAAGGGAUCCACGGGAAAUUUAAAAACCCACUUGAAGAAGAGGCACUUGGAUGCAUACACUCGGGUCAUUACUGCUCAGCUAGCAAAGUCAGCACCCCAAGCGGUUCCUACUGCACUGCCUGUCUCGGUGGUAGCAACAUCUACCACUACAGCAGCAGCGAUCUGUACCACAGGGGAACCGUCCACUUCUACCUUCACUCCCAAAACUGCAAUGUCGUCGACUUCUAUUGUAAGGCACCAGAUACAGAAACAGUACACCAUGGAGAGGUAUGGUACUGCCAAAAAAAAUAUCAGGUGA